AUGCAGCACGCAUUCUGUCGUGUCCUAGUCCGAGCCGCGCGAAGUAGUCGCUGCACAGUGUACAAAGCGCACGUUGGUCCUUUACUUCACUCGCCUACGCUUAUUACACCCAAGAUUUUGUGCUGCGUUGGUGAUGUGCGAUUUGAAUCUUCAGAGUCAACACCAUCGCGCUUUUUGAGCUUAGUGGAUGAUGAGAAGACUAAGAAGGGAGAAGAAGAUGACGAGUCUGAAGAGUAUGGAGAUGAAAAUCUUGACGAAGAUAGUGAGGGAAAAGAUGGAGAUAUUGAAGCGGAUACUAUACCAGAUGUUAACAAGGGUGGUGUAGAAGAGAAUGAUGAGUUAGAUGAGCUGAUCAUGGAAUUAUUCCUCGAAAACCCACUGCGGUGGACUCCUGAGGUGCUGGCUCGUAAGUUUCACCUUGCUAAACCCCGUGUAGAGGCCAUUAUCUGGUUAAAGCGCAUGGAGGCUGAGCUUACGCCUGAGGAAUUUCGUGCAAAAGUGCAGGAGGCCAAAGACAAAGCUAAAAAAGAGAUGGAAGAGAAGACGAAAAAGAUUGUUGAUGCUGAAGCCGCAGGUAACGAAAAGGAAGUCGCUCGUCUUAAAAAGCGCGCACGGCAGGAGGAGGAAGAGCUCGAACCGGAUCAUGAGCUAGAUGAUCGUGAGAAGGCUAUGCUUAUGGAUAUCGACAAAGAUGCCUAUCGAAACCCGGAUUUCUUUUUUCUUAGUGAUGAGUUUGAAGGUUACCCGCCGCUUUUCCGCCGCAUGGGUAGACACGGACAAACAGAUCAGCUGUACCCGGAAGAGGCAAUAGAGUUGCAGCGACUAGCCUCUAAUAACAAGAUUGAACCGCUCAAGAAUUUCGCUAAUCCGAAUUACAGCAAAAAACAAGCCAAAUAUCGUCUAGCGAUCAAGGAUAUCAGUACAAAAAAGAAAUACUUGCUUGUGCGUGAUGAGACCCACACAUUACGCCUGGCCACAAAUGAGGAAGUGUUACCACGCACGUGGGUGCGCAGAGCACCUUUCUUUCGCGGUCUGGAUAAGGAGCUUGCUUAG